GCCACACGUUUCCGUGCGAAGUGUGUGUUCGCAUCAAUAUAAAAAUACAUCUGAUGAGCACUUGGCAAAUCAGUUCAAUUAACCAAAUUUAUAGAGCAACAGCAGCAGCAAUAUCAACAUCAGCAGCGGCGACAACAUCAGUAAACUUCCUGAGGCUAAUUAAGGAACGACUAGGAUGACAACAGCAGCAAUAACAAAAGCAAAUCGCACGAUGCUGCUGCCAAUUUUGACAUCACGUCGACAUUUAAUUGCGCUCGUUGUGGUAACAACAUUAGCCUGCUGCCAAAUGUGUGCGGCACAGAACUCCACGUUCGUAGCAACAAUUGUCAGCUCGAACAACACGUUGCAGUCGGCAAAUGAGACGCGGCUCAAUGAAACGAUUACAAUCAAUAUUAGCGAAAUAAUUGCUGCUGCUGCUGCCGCUGUUGAGCCGACAACAGCAACAUCAACGACAACAGAAGCAACAUCAACAACUUUAGCAGCAUCAACACUAAGGAGCACACCAGCAACAUCAACAACGGUGGCGACAACAACGGUGGCAGCAACAACAUCAAGCAGCACACCAGUAACAUCAACAACGGUGGCAGCAACAACAUUAAGCAGCACACCAGUAACAUCAACAACGGUGGCAGCAACAUCAACAACAGUGGCGGCAACAACGGUGGCCGCAACAACGGUGGCAGCAACAACAUCAAGCAGCACACCAGCCACAUCAACAACUGUGGCAGCAACAACAUCAAGCAGCACAGCAGCACCAUCAACUACGGUGGCCGCAACAACGGUGGCAGCAACAACACCAAGCAGCACACCAGCAACAUCAACACCGGUGGCAACAACAACAUCACGCAGCACAAUACCAGUAACUAGCACAACAGCAGCAACGGUCCCAACAACAACAGCAGCAAUAGCUACAACAGCGGCAGCAGUCUCAACAAGUAGCACGACAUUAGCAGCAACAACAGCAUCACCAGUUUUAAGCAGCUCAACUGCAGCAGUAACAUUAACAUCAACAACAACAACGACAACAGCCUCAACAAGCUCGACAGUACCAACAACAGUGACAGCUACAUCGACAACAACCGCAGCAAGCACAAUAUCUACGCCCAUGACAACAGCAUUGGCGACAUCAACAUCUACAACACCAACAGCACCUCUCAUAACCACAGUCGUUGACAGCAGCAGCAUCUCGGCAAUCACAACGACAACGCCAGCAACAGUUGUUAAUAGCACGAUAGGAACAAUACCAGCAACAACAGCAACAACAACUACCGAAGUUUUAGCAACAACAAGCUUAGAGCCCUUCCCAAUGGCACCCUAUCCCACAGUUUUUGGUCAGCUGGCAGCCAUGAACAUAAUCGGGAAGCUGCCCGAGAAGAAGAAGGGUCGGAAGGGACGGAAGGGGCGCAAGGGCCGCAGGCGUAGACGGACCACAACGACACCCACAACAACAACAACAACAACGACGACAACACCACCUCCACGAACAACAACGCUUGGCGACAAUAAUAUCGACGACGAUGAUGCCAGCAUUUUGGAGGAUGUGGAUCUGCUCGAGCCGCUGCCAGAUCUACCCCUGCGAUUGGGCCACAUCGACAACCAGCGCAUUGAUCAGUAGUUUUGCAAGCCGCAGCACUCAGUGAGCCCAAACAAUCUGGAAUUAUGAAUCGUCACUAUAAAUAUAAAAAAUUGUUUUAUUUUUUAUACAGCUGACAUAAAAAAACAAUAUAAUAUUCACAUAUUUUUUCAUAUCUCUUUAGUGAAUUCUUUUGAACUAUCAGCAAAAGUUGUUAAAUUCGCGAACAGCGAAUAAACAAGUCAUUGACAAGCUGCGAACAACAGCCACCAAAAAGUAACUACAAGAAACCAGUAAGCAUGAUUGAGUCAGGUAUGCUCGACUAACAGAUACUCUGUACUCAGCGCCAAGCUGCCAUUACAUACAUUCCAAUCUUCUACCUGAAUGUGUGCCUACCACACGAUGUAAUGCAAUUCAAAUUUAUUCUCUGUAAUUUUUUUAUCUCCAAGUUGGUUUGGGUAUUGUGGUUAGGUUAUAUUAUUUACUUGCAUCUCUGACCUGCACCAAAGUUAUCAUUAUGGAGUAUAAUAAGCUAUUAGGACUUAGUUGGCCAACCUAUCUGGUUGGAAUAUACCAUACAUAAAAGGAUAUUUUUACUAAAUUUUCCAACUACUAAAAUUAAACUGCCAGAUAAUAAAAGAUA